GCGGAGGUUACAUAAUCAUAUAUGUCUUCCGCGAGCUUCAUCUUCUCAAUGCCGAGAUCCAUUCAUCGUGAAGCCAGGAAAUACCCAACAUCGACAGAGACUCCUUCAUUCCGGUACUGGUCGAUAGCCGCAAGAGCCUCAUUCCAAUGCCGCAAACAUCACCAAGAACAUCACGGCCAUGAACAGCCUCGCUUCUUCCACCCGCGCGCUGCGCUCCACCGGUCAUUCUUUCCUUGCGCUGCCGCCCACAUGUCGACUUGCGCUCUACGAACAAACUCUCCGCACCUCUUCUGCCCCCACACGACGCGCCUUCUCAGCUACAGCAUCACGCAAAUCCGAGCUCUAUAAUGCAGUUGUCAGCGUACCUGCCACUCUCCUGGAUGUCAUUCACUCCACUGGUCUACCAUGGUUCGCGACGAUCCCAACAGCAGCAAUCCUCGUUCGAGGCGUUCUCAUCUAUUACGCUUUCACCAAACCGCAUCGUAUCGGAGACGUCAAGAUGUCACAUCUGGCGCCUCUUUACUCAGCACGGAGAGCAAGCAAAAUGCGUUUACUGGGCCGUCCACCCCGGGUGACGACUUUCAACAACAUAUCGGGGAAACUUCAACACUGGUAUAAAGCGAACAAAAUGAGUUGGGCCAUCCGCAACCAGAUUCAGAAAGCUUUCGGUAUAUCAGGUAGUCUUCGCUCCGGGAUAGUCACCAACUUAUCCCUCGUCGUCAUGUCUGAAGCUAUCAGACUCAGAUGUGGAAGUUCACAGGGUCUUGUCUCAAUCUUGUUGUACCCUUUUGCUAGGGUAUGGACUGGUAUCAAGAGAACAUUUCUGGAUAUCAAGGACCAACUUUCCCCGAUAUCGCCAGAUGCGCCCACACCUCUGGUAGAGCAGAUGGAAUCACUCUCCAUUGUUCAAUCACCCUUCGUCGACCCCUCCCUCAUGGUCGAAGGUCUACGCUGGUGUCCCGACCUGAGUGUUCCCGACCCAUAUCAACUUCUUCCGUUCUUCCUCACAACAAUCAUGAUAUAUCAAGGUGUCGUUACCGCCAUGCAAAUCCCCGUUACGCGCCGCCCGGACUUAGCAGGCUUGAGUGAUGCCAAGAUUGAGGCUCAAGCUCAUCAGCUCAGGUUCGACCUCAAAGAGCAUGCAACACAAGCUUCAAAGCGCAAGAGGAGUAUUUUUGUGAACAGCUCUGUGGCAUUCAUUUUCGGCUUGAUCAUGACUGAGGUCCCGGCGGGAAUCGUCCUCUACUUGCUCACUAGUGUGACUACUGCUGGAGUGCAGAGGCUCUGGCUACAGUAUAAAUAUCCUGCCGGGGAGGCGAUUACCCGGUGUAAGCUGCCCAUGAGAGUCCGGGUAAGGAAUCAGUAUCGCAAAUGAAAAUUAUCUGGACAGUCCAUGGGGAUAUCGAUGCAAUCACGGUGAUUGAUCUGCCUCGGGAUUGCGAAAAGGUCAUCCCUGGGCGAGCCGUCAGCUGGCCUGGCACCGGCGAAAUCAAAGCCCAGCAUUGUAACAACAAUAUUCCCCCGAAGAAUU